AUGGUCGACGCAGCCUACACUCAUCCAAACUUCAAUCAGACGUACUUCUUCGGAGGUCGCCGUUAUGCUCGUGUCAAAUUUACCCCCGCUACAAAUGAUGACGUUAUCACCUGGGGCCCAGAUAAAAUCGCCGAACGUUGGCCAUCUCUUGUUUCCAUCGGAUUUGGCACAGUUGACGCCAUCUUGCCCGUCGAGAACAGCCCAGACGAAAUGUUUGUCUUCUACGGCAGCAAAGUUGCUCAAAUCAAAGUUGUCCCCGAAACAAAUGAGGACACUGUCGUCGCUGGUCCUUGGCUCAUUGCCGAGAAGUUCAAGGCUCUAGCCUCUACCGGAUAUGAUACCAUCGAUGCUGCAAUGCCUGUUCCCAAGAAGCCCGGUGAGGCAUACAUUUUCCGAGGUACCAACUAUGUCAAAAUUAAUGUCAACACGCACAAAAUUGUUUAUGGCCCGGCGAAGAUUUCGGUCGAGUGGCCUGCCUUGACUGCUUCUGGGUUUGACUCUGUCGAUGCGGCGCUUCCUGUGCCCAACAAUGAUAGAGGAUUGACCUACUUCUUUAGAGGAGAUAAUUAUGUCAAGUUGGAGGUUAUUGCCUCCGCGCCGGAUAAGCCUAACUUUGGCCCGGCGCCUAUUAAGGAAUACUGGAAGUCUCUUGACUGGAUCUGA